CUGAGUCCAAGCUCGUUAUCCAAGGCACCCGCGUCCUCAUUGUUGUGAUGAACCGUUCUUCUCUCCGUUGGCCCGUUUUCUGGGUAGUUGUGGGCAAUCUCUUCUCAAUCAGUGCCUGGGCUGUAAGACUUCCACGUUGUUCUCAUUGUUAGUUGAUAGCUUUAGCUCAUGUUGGACCCUGUUGCUGCGUGCUUCCACUGGGUCACUUUUCGGAUUCUCGGCGUUAUGACCCCGAACAACUUCACCGCUGCGGCAGGAGACAUUAUAGCCUUUGAAUUCGUAACUGUCAUAAGUCAUUCGGUUGUGCAAAGCUCGUUCAAUAAUCCUUGCAUUCGCAGCGGUUUCGAUUCUGGAACGCACAUCGCGAAUGAGGGUACGGGCCAGCCUUAUGUGUUCAACUAUACCGUGGCCGAUACGAGCCCCGUGUGGUUGUUCUGUGAUGUCAGCACUCAUUGUAAGGAAGGAAUGGUAGCAGCUAUCAACCCUCCCACAAGCGGAGACCAGACAUUCGCUGCUUUCUUGGCCAAAGCUGAAGCUCGCGUAUCACGGGAACCACGACGAUCCCGACCACGAACACCACGAAUCGGGGUAGCACGACUACUUCUUCGGCGUCAAGCACAUCUCGCUCAGGUGCUGCGUCGAGAACGAUUGAGAUGAUGGGUAUCGCUGAUACUGGAGUUGGCGCUUUGGUCGCUAGUCUGUUGAUGAUGGUUGGUGCUGUCGCUACGUUGUGAGAAGGAUCGAUGAGAACGAGCAAAAAGCUGUCUGUUACAUCAAGUACUCUGGUCCUUUAAUUUACCCUGAUCUAGCGUUUUUCCCG